UAAAAUCAUAUCUAAAACAAAUCAUAAACAGAAAAGAUCAAACGUGGACGAGAUAAUUUCAAAUUUAUUAAAAUCGUAUGUACAUUUGCAAGAGCAGGCACAUGAAGAAUUGCAACACAAGGUACAAUACUACAGCAGUAACUGAGGAAAGCGGCAAGCGUCGGCCUUUCAUUUAGAGGAUUCGAACUAGCGUGGUCUUGCACAUUUCCCUCCACACUCGUGUUGCAUUUAUACUCACACCUCCAACAGCUACAGAUUUUGAUUUCGGUAGGCAUUCCAUUUUAGCCGGUCUAUAUUUAAGGGAAAACAGGCACAUAUAAGCUUUCAGAGCUGAACAUUAAUUAUUCGAGGUAUUUUAGCAACUUGCAGUAAAUGUAAUAGCAUCCUUCCCUAAAGAUUUAUUUUUAUGACUUAAAGAUUCAAAAUUGUCAGACUACUAAACAACCGCGUUUAUCACUCGCCGUAACUUGCAAUCAUUGUCCUAAAUUUGCUUUGUUUCUUGUUCGGUUACAGGGACUGCAACUGUAUUUGCCACAACACUUACAUUAUCCUUAUUUACAAUAUAUGAACCCAUACUUUGUAUAUAGGUACUGUUUACACCAGCUCAGAUGUUUCGAUCUCUAUGUUACUAUUGUUGUCAAGAACAGGAAUCUAACGAGAUAAUGAGAUGUUUAGUAAGGAGCCCUUGCCUUCCGUCCUUUCACUGCGAUGCCGCGCUCAAGGCGCAGUAAGUGCUCUGUUAUUCCAAAACACAAAUGACUCCAUCGAGAUGUUCAAAAAUGCCUAAUUAUUGCAAAAGAAACACUCCACUAUUUUAUGGUCGAUAAAACCUUAACAGCGUGCAAUUAUGGAAAAUCGAAGUUGGGAUUUGGGGAGUAUUAGCAAAUUUCAAUCGCGUGCAAUUAAAAUUACAUUCUAAUGGAAAGGAGGCCAUAUGCGGAAAUAUCAACUAUAAAACCCAGCUUUUGUAUGUUUGCAGGUCGGUUGGACGUUUGAAUAAUCUCCGUGAACGUUUUGUUAAAUACUUUCCCCCAGAAGUACUGUAGUGUUUGUAUACCAAAUGCACAUGUAGAUGCAUGCACGCUUUAAUGAAGAGCGCUGAUGCAAUAACAAUCACUCCCACACACAAUUACUGUGAAAUCUUUCAAAGCUGAGAUAUGGCGUUGUGCUCUUCUGUUGGGAUUUUCUUUACAGGAAUAUCAAAAUUAAAUCUAUAAAUCAUCUUCCUGAAUACAUACUCUUGUUGCUAUGUUCUUUCCUUUUUUUUACCAGGGUGAAUUUUCUGAACGCACAAAUCAGACUAUUGGUGGUGAGCAUCUCAGGACGUGUAGACGCUGUUGUUCUUUUUCGUAUUUAAAAUAGUUAUAGAAACAAUAUUCCAUGGACUGAUUUUGAUGUUUCCCAAGUAGUCUCACAAGCUACCCUGAAGGGAUAUUGUACUUGUAUAAAGAAAAUUUCAAAUGAAGAAAUACAUGAAAAUAAUUAACCUAAUCUUACCAUUGUGAUUUAACCAUGUGCAUCUUCCUAUAAAACACAUCUACUGAAAUAAUAAUGUGUUACUCUAUUUCUUAUUUUCUAUCAUCUGUCUUCUAAUCACUGUUGAUCCAGCUAUUGUUGAAUACGUAAUGCGGAGUCAUAUUUCCAUGUGUUAGGCUAUAUGAAAUAUGUAUGCAUAGUUAUACCCUGUAACCUAAUAGGGCUCUCAUUGGGCCACUAAUAUUCUAUUAGAACCACCUCUGUUAUAGUUCAGAACUGAUUUGGUUGUUUGUAACUUUGCUAGCUCAGUCGUCGGAUCUCCAGGGAGUUUUUUGAACUAAAGUCGUUUUCUAUUGGCUAGACACUGAUCAGCUGGUUAUAUUUGCUGCUGUCGCUUUGGCGCUCGGCCAUCCUGAAACAAACCACCUCGAUGACUACUAAUAGCUAAACCACAUUGUGUACUAAUACAUAACAAAUCAUAUUACUACAGAGUGUGGAGCAAAUGAGUUCGUAUUUUGUGAACCCUACUUUCCCUGUUUCACUGCCCAGUGGCCAGGACUCAUUCCUCGGACAGAUCCCACUCUAUACAACGGGCUAUGAUGCUCUAAGGCACUUUCCAGCUUCCUAUGGGGCAACCACCCUCCAGGACAAGAGUUACUCGUCACCUUGUUAUUAUCAACAAUCUAAUUCAGUAAUAGCUUGCAAUCGAGCGUCGUAUGACUAUGGAGCUUCUUGUUUCUAUCCUGAAAAGGAUCUAGCCAGUAUUUCGCCAUCCGGUAGUGGAAAGCAUAGACCCCAGGAUGACUUCUUUUCCUCAGACCAACAUUACAAAACAGAUUGUGCGCAAAACAAAAUUUUAAGUGAAGAAGGAAACGACCGGAAGUACAGUACUCCAAUUUAUCCUUGGAUGCAACGAAUGAAUUCAAGUUCUAGUUCUGUAUUUGGGCCUCAUGGGCGUCGAGGGCGACAGACCUAUACACGAUUCCAAACUCUUGAGCUGGAGAAAGAAUUUCACUUUAACAGAUAUUUAACGAGACGCCGCCGGAUAGAGAUUGCCAACGCACUGUGCCUCACAGAACGUCAGAUAAAGAUCUGGUUUCAGAAUAGGAGAAUGAAAUGGAAAAAGGAAAACAAACUUCUAAGCACAACAGAAUCCAACAGCGAAGAAGCAGAAGAUAAAACAGGGGAGUAAGAGCGCAAAUUCAAAGGAAGUUAUCCUGGGCCUUUCUGUUUGGUAGUGAGUUAUUACAUGCUCAUUCUGCUAAACAGUUCAGAAAAAAAAAUCGUAUAUCUGUUUGUUUUCGUUGUUCCUCCCCUUGAGCUUGUGUCUAUGUAUAAUUGGUAGAGGAAGUGUUCAAAUAAUUCGCAUUCCAUAGGAUACAAUAAUUAUACGGUGUAGGAUUAAUUGUUUUAUAAAUGCGAAGUGUGAAUGUUUCUGCUUCUCUAGUCGUUACUAUGUGAUGGGUUGCUCCACAGAUAAUGAUCCAGUUGUUUCAAUGGAUAGUUUGCUCCGUAGAUAUAAUUUGACAGUCUUAAAAUAAAUGAAUGUUGUAGAUAUGCCCAUUUGCUAAUGAUACAUAUUGCAUUGUAUAUGUCCAUAAUUUGCUUCCAUGUUC